CGAAAUUCAUAUGCCUGGCACCCCCAUUCAUUCAUAUUCAAUAUUUCAAUUCAAUUCAAUGGCUAAAAUUUGCGGCAGCAAUCCAACAACAAAAUUGGCGGUCCUAUGUGGCUUGUCAUCGUUGCCAUCUCUUUCACCCUUAUUCACUGUGCCCUAAAUCUAAUACUCCUAUAAAACUUCCUCCCCGUCUUUCUAAGACCUUUUCUCUGAAAUCUCCGCUUCAUUUUCUUAUUUCCAAACACCCUUUUCGUAAACCCAUCGCAAUCUGAUAAAGUAUAAACCUUUGUGUGUCUGUUUUAUUUUUCGUUUGUUUUCUCUCCCCAGUUAUACUUGUUGUUGAAGUUUUGUGGCAGAUACUAACGAGACCCACAUUGGGGGAAAUUGUUAGAGAGAUGUUGAUGAUUCUGGGUCCUGUUGGGAUUGCCUUCUUUCUUGGGGUUAUGAUUGGUUGGGCGUGGAAACCCAGAUAGGCUAACUUAGGCAAUUGCGAAAUCGAUUCUUUAGUAUCUUCAUCUCCUUAUCUGAGUUUAAUGCCCUAAACUCUUAAGAAUCAAGACUUCGGGUCAAAGUCAAACCAGAGCCUUCAGCAUCCAUCGUCAGUUAACAUGGAUAGAAAUGUUGUUGAAGGACCCACCACAUUCCUUUUGAGUAGGAAUCCCAAUUGCAGAAACUGUAAUACGCAUCUUUUGACCUUCCUGUCGUUCAUCGAUUCAUGCACUAUCAAAGCCUGGCAAAGAGAUCCCGAGACCGGCCCUACUCAAUAUUGCAGUAAGACUGUGUAUGAAAACGUGACACCUGAGUUGAUGAGGGAUUUCUUCUGGGACGAUGACUUUCGGCUCAAGUGGGAUGAUAUGCUUUCACAUGCUGCAAUCCUGGAAGAAUCCCCUAAUUCUAGAACAAGCGUAGUACAUUGGAUACGUAAGUUCCCUUUUUUCUGUAGUGAUAGAGAAUACACAAUUGGUCGCCGAAUAUGGGAGCUUGAAAGAUCUUACUACUGCGUUACAAAGGAAGUACCCAUCUCUUGGGUCCCAAGGAAGCAGAAACCAAGGCGCGUUGAUCUAUAUUAUUCAAGUUGGUUUAUUCAAUCAGUUGAAUCAAAGUGUAAGGUGACAUUCUUCCACCAUGAAGAUAUGGGGAUCCCUUGGGAAUUUGAAAAUUUUGGAGUGAGGCAAGGGAUGUGGGGAGCAGCUAGGAAAGUUGAACGAGGGUUUCGAUUAUAUCAAGAGGAAAGAGCCUUUUUAAAAACAAUAUCGCUCCAUGUCGUUAUGGCUCAGAGGAGUACCAAAAUUGAUGAAAAGUACUUGGCUUCUUUAGAAUCUGAGGAGGAAGAGGAAGAAGAAGAGGAAGUAGCAGAUAUGGCAGAAACCACCACUAAAGUGGUGGGGAUGAAGGUGCCAAAGCUCUUACUAUUUGGUGGGGUGGUUAUGGUGGUAUGUAGUUUGGAUCGUGGUCUGUUUAGUAAAGCUGUAAUAUUUGGUGUUGCCAAGAGGUUUGGGUCCAUAGGGAGGCAAGCGGGACCCCAACCCCAAAGAUGACACCGUGGCAUUCUCCUGAUUCAGUCUCUUUUUGUAAAUCUGUUACUUAGAAAUUACUAGAGUAUAAAGCACCAGUUUCUUUCAAUAUCUCAGGGCAUACCAUGAUCCAACUCUUCACCUAUGUUGAUUAUCGCAGUAGUAGAUCUAAAUGGAUAUACUUGGUCAAGAACAAGUCAAAUUUUAUAAUAUGGUGUGCAAAUAGUUCGACAGACGAAUGAAAAUGCUCUUUUCGGAUUACGCCAAAGAUCUUGUUUGUAAAAAUGUCUUCAAUGAACGAGGAAUUGUCCAUAGAAAUCGUGUGCUUUGUUGGAGAUAGGUGAGAUUUUUAGGGUGUAAGUGAUAAUCAAUAGGGUGCUUAUUGUUAGAAAUUCGAAAUACUCUUGGAAUACAUAUGAUGGGAAAUGAGAUCGAUUUUAGCUUGGAGAUUGUGUAUGUUCAUUUUCCUUAAAAUGUAUUCGACACUAUGCACGAGUUUCCCAGAAUCUGUCACAUAAUAGUAUAAGAGAGGCCAACUUCGAGUUUUAGGCACAAAUCACAAUCAAAGAACAAUAUUGGAUUCGUGUAAAUGGUCCCUCGGAUCUUAAAUACAAAAUGUAUAUUACAUAUUUACAUAUAUCAAUAAUUACCCACAAUGGACAAGGACGAUGAAUUCAUAGUAGUACUAUAAUGGUUCUAGACGAUUAAUGUGAGUUCCAGUUAACCCCCAUCAGCUAGCAUUGUCAAUUUAUUUCAUUCAGUUAAGUUUGUUAGUGACAAGGGUAUUUCUGUAAUUUAAUGUACAGGUAGUUAGCUUAGCUCAUAAG